AUGCAAGGUGUUAAAAUACAAAACGAUCUGUUUUCUCCCAGCAAUAUGAAGUAUGUGGCUGUCAAUAGCUUUGCUCCGAACCCAAACCAGAAGAACUUCAUAAACAGCGUGCAGAACGUUCGCAACACACUCGGUUGCUUAGAGCGCAGCCUGCUGAAGUCCAACGAAUAUGAACAACAACUGUUGCAGUGCAGGGGCUCGCAUUCCCACUCGCAUGCCCCCUCCCACGACGUUAACCAGUGGUGGGAGAGCGAGCAUUCCGAGGAGAAGAGCUUUAAGUGUUCUAAUACCACCUCAGGUACAAUUAACAGCAAGUCUUCGGCGCGUCAAGAGGAUUACACAGACACGUGGUCCUCAAUGAGCAUCGUUUGUCUACAAUACCACUACGAAGAGCUAUCUAAACGUUACAAAGCUCUAAUAGAAGCUUACAAUGAACAAAGACAAGCGAUUAGUUUGCGGGAUAAACGCUUGGAGGCGCUGCGAGAGCGAGCAAACACGACGCAAGCGCACCUCCAGCAUGCGCACGAGACGCUCAUCGCCGUCGGAGAAAAGUUUCUGGCGCUUAAACGCAAGAGGAAUGAGGACAAGACCCGGUUCGAAGAGCAGUUGGCGGCCAUGAAGGAAGCUCUCCAUGACAUGAUGGAAACCACGACAAACGCACGAAUGAAGUUUGAUGACAGAUUGGCAGAAUAUAUGGCGAACGAAGAAGACUCUGAUGCGGCUUUGCUACUUUAUGAAAUACGCAAAUGCAAUCUAUUAUUUCUGGAGAAUAUGCGACUUAAGGCCAUAAUUGAAGAAUACAUUCCAGGACAGAUUAAUUGGAAAACUGCAUAAUUUUGUACAUAAGCUUUUGACUUACCUAUACCUAUGUUAUAGUGGUAACUUCUUUAGAUAAUAAACGAGUCCCUUCAUUAUUUCAA